CGCGCUCCCGUCUCAAGCGGGAGUAAUGUGCCGGGACAGGACGAAACUGUAUUUCCACCUUCUAGGCCGUGCCUGUUCCAGUCCAAUUCUCCCUGAAAGACUGUCUGGUUCAUCACCCGCUCAAGUGAAACCAUAAAACUGCAAACCCUUCACUCCGCCGGCAUCGCGCACCCGGACCGGAAGUGACGUUGACGUGCCCACGUAGUCCUGCCGGCGUAUUCCCACCAUGCCCUUCGCCUGCCGUUUCGUGGCGGGAACUGAGGCGACUUGUGGGGACAGCGGUGAUCGGUGAAGUAACCAUGCAGGCAUUUCUUAAAGGCACAUCUAUCAGCACCAAACCACCGCUGACCAAGGAUCGUGGAGUAGCUGCCACUGCGGGAAGUAGUGGAGAGAACAAGAAAGCCAAACCUGUUCCCUGGGUGGAAAAAUAUCGCCCAAAAUGUGUGGAUGAAGUUGCUUUCCAGGAAGAAGUGGUUGCAGUGCUAAAAAAGUCUUUAGAAGGAGCCGAUCUCCCUAAUCUCUUGUUUUACGGGCCACCUGGAACUGGAAAAACAUCCACUAUUUUGGCAGCAGCUAGAGAACUCUUUGGGCCUGAACUUUUUCGAUUAAGAGUGCUCGAGUUAAAUGCAUCUGAUGAACGUGGAAUACAAGUAGUUCGAGAGAAAGUGAAAAAUUUUGCUCAGUUAACUGUGUCAGGAAGUCGUUCAGAUGGGAAGCCAUGUCCACCUUUUAAGAUUGUAAUCCUGGAUGAAGCAGAUUCUAUGACCUCAGCUGCUCAGGCAGCUUUAAGACGUACCAUGGAGAAGGAGUCUAAAACCACCCGAUUCUGUCUUAUCUGUAACUAUGUCAGUCGCAUAAUCGAACCCCUGACUUCAAGAUGUUCAAAAUUCCGCUUCAAGCCUCUGUCAGAUAAAAUUCAACAGCAGCGAUUACUAGACAUUGCUGAGAAGGAAAAUGUCAAAAUUAGCGAUGAGGGAAUAGCUUAUCUUGUUAAGGUGUCAGAAGGAGACUUAAGAAAAGCCAUUACGUUUCUUCAAAGUGCUACUCGAUUAACAGGUGGAAAGGAGAUCACAGAGAAAGUGAUUACAGACAUUGCUGGGGUAAUACCAGCUGAGAAAAUCGAUGGAGUAUUUGCUGCCUGUCAGAGCGGCUCUUUCGACAAACUAGAAGCUGUGGUCAAGGACUUAAUAGAUGAGGGUCAUGCAGCAACUCAGCUCGUCAAUCAACUCCACGAUGUGGUUGUAGAAAAUGACUUAUCUGAUAAACAGAAGUCCAUUAUUACAGAAAGACUUGCUGAAGUUGACAAAUGCCUAGCAGAUGGUGCUGAUGAACAUUUACAACUGAUCAGCCUUUGUGCAACUGUGAUGCAGCAGUUAUCUCAGAACUGUUAAUGAAUAAGAUACUGGAUUUUUUUUUUUUGCAAAUGGGGGAAUGUAAAAAUAAAAUGACCAAAAGCACCUUUAAAGUGAAUAUACAAUUUAUUUAACAUUCAAACUUCAUUAAGACAUGUGCAAUAUGGCAAUUUUACUGGGGAUUAAACCCUACCUAGGAUGAUUGCUUGCUGGGGUUUAGCAACAGGGUCCAGUUCACACUUAGCACUAAUUAAAUACUUUAUUGAAUAAAUACAAUACCAAACAAAAUGCAGUCAAAUGCUUUCUAAAAAAA